AUGGCUCUCACUUUUCCAGAGGUGCGGAAGAUUAGGACUCUACGGAGGUCGAGAUUUGGCUGCCGAAAUUGUAAGCUUCGGAAACUCAAGUGCGAUGAAGGCAAACCACAGUGCAAGAGAUGUAGUUCAUUUGGGGUAUUAUGCAACUUCAUGUCUAACAUUCCCGACCUCCAGCCCGUCGCCGCUGACACAGGGCCAUUGGUGGUUCGGAAAAAAUCAAAGGUUCAACCGCCUCUCACAAAUGCUGUCUGGACAUCUGAUGCAUCGAUGUCCUAUCAAUUGAACCCAAAGUGUCAAGAUUUUAUAACCCGGUAUCUUGGACGAGGUCUUAUUACCCCAGACGACCCUAAUAUGAUGCAAGUUAAUCGCAAGCUCCUAGAACUAUCCUUCGCGUACCCUUUCUUGAUGCACGCCUCUCUAGCUGUGGCCCUUACAUAUGACCGCCAUCUGAAUGGCUCCUUGAACGCUCCCCGCACUCUAGAGGAGUGUUAUCACUGGUCUCAAAGCACAAUUCUCUUGAAUAAGCGGCUAAGGGAACCGAUUGAAACAAAAGAUAAGGAUCCAAUAUGGGGUACUGCGGCUGCUCUGGCUAUUCUAACCUUCUCAUCCCCUGAUGCAUGCACACCGGAACAAGCGUGGCCACUAAAGCCCUCGGACUCCUCUGACUUGGACUGGGUGCGGAUGAGCAAGGGUAAAAUGUCAUUGUGGGACAUGGUUAAUCCGUUGCGACCGGACAGCCUUUUCUGCGUCAUGGCGGCCACCUAUGCUCAGAUGAAUUCACCAUUGCCAGAGGGAGGUAUAGAGGGGAUACCAAGGGCCUUGGCUGCCGUGUGUAACCUCGAACACUCAUCCACGGCGGAAACCAAUCCCUAUUUUCAUGCCGCCCACGCGGUAUCCCGGAUCAUAGACCUCCCAGAUAGAGAGGUCACAAUAGGUCAGACUGAGCCCUUCACACGGAGCAUCGAUGGCCCUUUCAAAGAGUUGCUCCGGCAAAGGGACCCUGCAGCGUUAUUGUUAAUCUAUCUAUGGUACCGUAAAGCAAGUCGCAGUAUAUGGUGGAUUGAACUUAGGGCUAGGGCGGAAUGUCCUUCUAUUUGCUUGUAUCUGCGACUAUAUCAUAAAGAGAAUGGUGCUGUACGGGCAUUCCUCCCAGGAGGAGCUCUCGCCGAUAUGUUUAAUUAG